CAAAAAGUCUCGUUUCCUUGUUCAAGGUGCUGGCCAUCCAUCGUGUGACGUCACGCAUUCAGAAUGACCAUCAUCUACCAGUACCGUGUGGCCACCACGUCACUUGGCGGUUUCCUCAAGCUGCUUCGUGCCUGGCGGGGCAGUGUGUACAAGCUGUUGUAUAAGGAGCUCUGCAUCUUUCUCGUCUGCUACGCCUCGCUCAGCCUGCUCUACAGGCUCGCGCUCACUCCCUGGCAGAGAUCAAUAUUUGAAAGUAUCGUCUUGGAGCUGCAUGCAGUCAGCAGUUCUAUACCUCUGUCCUUCGUACUGGGCUUCUACGUCACAGUGAUCGUACAGCGAUGGUGGCAGCAGUUCUCCAAUGUGCCUUGGCCUGACAGGACUCUUUUCAUCACAUGCACGUACCUGCACGGCUCCGAUGACCGCGCAAGAAUCAUGAGGAGAUCAGUGGCGAGGUUGGUUGGUUUUAUCACCAAGGAAGAGGCUGUGUUGUACGAAGACACGCAUUGCCAAUAUCUCAAGUUCUGGGUCCCUAUCAUGUGGGCUAACAAUAUCUUGGUGACUGCUCGCAAGGAGAAUAGGAUACAGUCCGACUUUGGACUCCGGAUGAUUAUACAGCAACUUGCAGAUUUCCGAGACAAAUGCUCGCUGUGUUUCGUCUACGACUGGAUAACCGUGCCUUUGGUAUACACGCAGGUGGUGACCUUCGCCGUUUACUCCUACUUUGCUGUGUGUCUGGUCGGCCACCAAUAUCUGGACCCCACCAAAGGCUACGAAGGUUUCGAAAAAGAUUUCUACGUCCCGGGCUUCACAAUUUUGCUGUUCCUCUUCUACAUGGGUUGGCUGAAGGUGGCCGAGCAGAUGAUCAACCCAUUCGGGGAAGAUGACGACGAUUAUGACAUCAACUGGUUACUGGACAGGCACACAGCG